GAACGCGGCCAUUAUAGGAGUGUGCGCUAUAUAUAUGGGAUUGGCGCGAACGUGAAACAAAAGAUUAUACUGUGGGGACAGAGACGGUACACAUGUAUUCGACAAAACAAACAACAGUCUGCGGCAAGCUGGACGUUUCACGAUCCGCUCGAGUCAAAUUAUGGGGUUACAGUGCGUAACGCGAUCAUGAGCUGACUUUCGUUAUCCUUAAAACUUGUCCGUGCAGGUGUAUUCGUCUCCCGCGUGUCUUCGCGAUACAGCAAGUCCUUCCGCGAGUACCCACGAUCGAAACCUGCGUGACUUGUAACCUAUGUAACGGUGAAAACUCAAUGUAAAGGGAGAAAACGAGAGAGAGAGGGUAGGGGGAGAAGAGGGGAUAAAAAUUGCAUUAAAGCUGCAAUAUCAAAGUCAUUUCAAUCUAGAUACGGAAAAGAUAUAGAAGGAUGUCGAAACUCGGGAUAGCUACGGGCAAAACACACAUUCGACCGCACUUCACAGUCCACACGCAGUCCUCCUUGAUGAAGACACGGAUGCCGAUAAAAGUGAGGAAAUCGUUAUCAACGAAAGAUGCGAAUGAAUCGAAGAAACCGCGGGCAAGCGUCGCUCUCAAAUUGGGCGGAAUUCAUAAGAGACGAAGCAACGUCGUGAUGCAGAACAGAAGUAUGCAGAUGAUGCUAAUGAUCCUCAAGCAACAUCAGCCAGACCGUCGUACAACCAUUUUCCUUUCUGGUAGCGAGCUAACGGAAACGACUUUUCGAGCAAACAAUUCGUUCGCGUCUCUCCAAAGCGAUUUAAUCAAAGACGUCUCUCACGAUCUCCAAAAACGCGCCGGCAGUUCAACCGAAUUGGCGACUCUACGUGACAAACCGACGAGGGUCGUCGACGAGUCUGAGAAAGUCAUGGAAAAUUUGCACGCCUCCCUUAAGGAUGGAGCAAACGCGGGAUGUACACACAAUUUGGAAAAUAUUCCCGAGAUCGAGACGCAAGGUGUAAACGCUGCGACGAAUCGCGAGUAUACUCAGAAAAUUUGGACGAGCAAGAAAGCCUGGAACGAACGCGUCGAUGUCGACGGCGCGCGUCCUGCCGAUUUACAAACUUCCGAGGGCACGAAACACAUUGACAAUCCGCAAGACAAGUGUCCGACGACCGACAAGCUAGUUGUAGGCGAUAAUAAUGCAACCAGCUGGAGAAAGGUCCGGAAGGCCCCUCAAAAGAACCCCGCUUCCGGUCAGCGAGCGUGGAAACCACCCGGCGUUUCGAAAACUUGGAGCACGGAAAGCGCAACAUUUUUGCAACCGAUGUCGCAGAGGUCGUCUAAAUUAGCUAAAAGAUCCGCCGCUUUGUCCAGGAGCGAGCACUCGUCGACUGAAUAUGUCGAAGCCUCUAUUAGCGAGUCCACGAGCACAUCGAUAUCGACAGAUCAGUUCAAGACGUUAAUGAAAGAAAACGCAAACCGUAUGACAAAAAUCUGCGAACAUCUCGCGGAAGCGAAACAGCGGCAGAGACUACAAAGCGGAGGAACAUUGCCGAAGAGGAGACGGUCGAAAACGAAGGUCGGCACACAAGUUUCAAAUAAAUGCAACAACGCGAAUCCAAUUCAGAAGACGAAAGCACGACAUUGCCAAACGCGACCGAUUGUGCCGAAGAAAUCCUCGACCGACACGAAUGUCGAACAGACAGAUUCCCUGACUUGUAGCCAAAGAUUGAAAACUUACAAAGUACUUGACGCAUUGAAAAAGAUCGAUAGCACAGAAGACUCAGACACCGAGGAAAACGCCAUGAGUAAUGAUUUCGACCACGAGAAAGGCGGCAGCAAGAUUCAAACGUCGUCAAGUCACGACACUUUCAUUUUUACGGAAAAUGUAAGCUUGGAUGGGGCAAACCGAACUUCUCGGAGAUCGGUCAGCACGCAGACGGAAUUGGAUCUGCCUUGUCAAAAGAUUGACGCUGAAAAGGACCAAGGUCUCAAGGAAGUUUUGAAACCGACUCGAAUUGUCGCGACGCAAACAUCGCCAAGUUGUAACAGAAAUGUAGUUGAAAUUGGAUGCAAUACUUCAAGUGUCGUUUACAAGGACAACUCGAAAACGAAAGUUGAGCCAAUCGGAAUUGGAGAUACGUCGAUUUUAGAUGACCCAAUUCAUAUGGAGUCUUCGUCAUUUAAACAUAUUGAAAGUGUUGAAAACAAAGACGCUAACAGGAAACUUCCGCUCAGCGGAUGCAAAAAGAUAUUAAAUACAGAGCUAGAGAAAUUAGAAAAUUAUAAUAGCAUGACAAACGAUGCUGCUAGAGAAGCAGAAAAGAUCAUGCGCGAGGAAGCUUGUCAAAUUUCUUUAGAACCACCAAAAAGUUCUGACGAUGAAACAAACAUUGAUAUCGACAAACACCAGAAACCCAUAAAGUACUUCAAUCACGGCGCAAAUAGUACUUCGGUAAAUAAUCUAUUUUCGGCGAGAUCUCGCCCAUCGAUCUACAGCUACGACGCGUCUUGUUCUUCCGAGGAAAUCACAGAAUAUCUCGAAAACGACAGCCAGUACGGUGAUACGAUUACGUCGGAAUUGAAAGUGAACAAUGUACCAAGCGACGUGAUCGCGGCUUUUGAACUCGCAGCAGAGCGUGCACGCAAUAUUCACGAAGCAGUCAUUAUAUGUUACCAAAACUUACCACGAAAAAUGGCUAGAGAAUCUAGAAAACAAAAUGAGGACAUAAUUAAACAUUCUGAAACGUCAGAGUUCCACGACGAUCGACGUUGUCUCGGGACACGUACCGUAAGUGGCGAAACUGAAGGUAAGAUAAAAUACGAAUGCGAAGCGAAAUAUCACUUUGCGAACGACGGCGGGGAUUUCGGCGGAUUCUUAACGUGCUCGUCGCGCGGCAGUAGUUCCGAUCGAAUAUGCGAGCUCGAAAAAUUUUCGAGAGCCAAAGAUUAUUUAGGGAUAGACCGAGAAGAAGAAAACGAGCAAGCGAUUGCGAGAUCGGUUCUAAACGAAUGCUCUAGUUUUAAAGACGUAAGGUCGUUGAUGCAAUUAGUGACGCAUCGCGCGGAAGAGGAGUAUGCGCUCGAAUUGUUGCAAUUAGAGGGAAAUGGAAAUGAAAGUGAGGAGAGUUUUGAAAUGGCAGGAGCGACUAAUGGAACGUUGGCACUUCCCGCGGCGAUUAAUAAAACUUACCUUAUAGCGCCCAAGAGUCUGCUUCUUCUUAUUUAUUGCGUCGUCUGUACUGUAGUGUUUUGGUUUCUGCAAUUUUCGUUCCGAUGCGACUCCGCAAAGUAAUCUGUCUGUAAUCUACAUUAUCCGUCUUUUUACUCUGCACUCUCUGUAAUCUACAUUAUUUGUCUUUUACCCUGCACAGUGUGAUAUUAAUUUCGUUAAUUUUCGUUUAAGCUACGUUCUCUUUGAUUUUAAUAAAUAUAUUCCCUGUAUAUGUUACAUUUUAUUAUAUUUGUUAUGCAUAUAUCCAGUUAUUGAACGUUUUUGUUAUAUAUAAAAGUAUA